AUGCCAUCAAAUCAGAGAACAGAGGAUCAAGGGGAGGUCCUAUCUAUCCCAUCGAUCCCAUCACCAGAUAGCAAGGACCUUUCCUCCCUGGAAAAGGAAGAUAGCGAGUGUAUCGAGAAAGCAGAGGUCAGCUCAUCACAGAUUGAUGACAUUUCAUCUUCGCUGUCUCCAUCUCAUCGUGAAUAUCUCUUUAAACGACAUGGCACCUUGGACCUAGACCCCAUGCCAAGUGCGUCAGACGCAGACCCAUACAACUGGCCUACUUGGAAGAAAUUAACCAACCUCCUACUUGUCGCCUUUCAUGCUUGCAUGGCGACCUUUACAUCCUCAAUCACCCCUGCCUAUGAGGACAUUAGCGUCGAUUUAGGAGUAUCUCUACAAAGAGCCAGCUACCUUACCUCUCUACAGAUUGCUAUUCUUGGUGGUGCUCCCCUCUUCUGGAAACCAUUGUCCAACCGGUACGGUCGUCGGCCUAUAUUUCUGCUAUCCACCAUCCUCAGCCUUGUUUGUAAUGUAGGAUGUGCGAAGAGCCCGACGUAUGCGUCCCUGGCCGCAUGUAGAGCUUUAACGGCAUUUUUCAUCUCUCCAGCAGCAGCGAUCGGAAGUGCCGUUGUGGCAGAGACUUUCUUCAAGAAAGAGAGGGCCCGGUAUAUGGGCAUAUGGACCUUAAUGGUCACCUUGGGUAUACCAGUUGGUGCAUUGAUCUUUGGUUUUGUUGCGAAUCGCGCGGGCUACCGCUGGAUUUUCUGGGUUCUCGCCAUCACUAAUGGCGUGCAAUUCAUCCUGUACAUCUUCUUUGGGCCCGAAACCCGCUAUAUUGGUGGUAGUACAGAGGAUUCACCUUCUGGCUUCAAAACCCAAUAUCUUUCGUUUCGACGCAUCGACCCCACCCCACUGACAUUCAGGGAAUUCGUUCACCCGUUGACCAUGGUUAAGCGCCCGAGCGUAGUCGUGCCAGCUGUUGUGUAUGCCAUGGUGUUCUUAUUCGGAAGUGUCAUGAUCACCGUCGAAGUUCCUCAGCUCCUACAAGAGAAAUUUGCUCUCAAUACUGAACAACUUGGUCUCCAGUUUAUCGGGGUCAUAGUUGGCACAAUCCUAGGAGAGCAAAUCGGGGGUUCCAUAUCUGAUUACUGGAUGAAUCGCCGAGCACGGCGUAUACGAAAGGAGCCAGAGCCAGAAUUCCGUCUCUGGCUCAGCUACCCCGGCAUUGUCUUGACCAUUGUUGGCGUCAUUGUCUUUUUAGUAUGUACCCAGCAGGCCCCUGAGGGGCAUUGGACUGUGACGCCUAUUGUUGGAACUGGAGUGGCUGCCUUUGGUAAUCAAGUCGUGACUACUGUCAUGGUCACAUAUGCCGUCGACUGCCACCCAGACGAUCCAGGAAGUGUAGGGGUCUUCAUUACAUUUGUUCGACAGAUAUGGGGCUUCAUCGGCCCAUUUUGGUUUCCUGAUAUGUUUGCGAACGUUGGUGUCGCUGCUAGUUCAGGUGUUGCGAGCGCCAUGAUAUUCAGCUGUAGCUUGCUACCCACUAUUGCGGUGCAUGCAAUGGGGAGGAAAUGGGCUUAA